CAUUCCCGCCAUCAUCGCGCAGUGUUGCGAGGCGUCGUGCGCGGGUCACUGUCAACAACAUACGUAUUGACUGAGCAGGUGAAUGCCGGCAAACCAAACUUUGCGCCCUCGCAGGACCUACGAAGACGUUACUGUGAUUUAAAAGUUUCCAGACGACCACGUAUCACCGAUAGGAUUUGUUGAUCACAAGUCCCAGCCUCCAAAGUGCACCAACUGCACAGUAAGCCAUGUCAACCAUAGUGCCCAAACUCUCCAGCGGUGGUGCUGUAAACAUCCGCUUGUACAGCUUGGAGUUGGGCUCCACCAGAUGGAAAGAGGGAACUUUUGAGAUUCUGGAAAAGGAGAACAAAGUCAACCUGUGUAUAAGAUUCAGCUGUGGCCGAGCAUCCAAAACUUUUCAGCUAAACCAGAACUUGAAGGCUGUGACUCAGAAUGUGAGCCGACUCCAGCUGACUUUAAAGGACAGCAGUACCAUCGCCUUUGACAAGAUAUCUCCGACUUUGCUUCAGAAGACUAAAGAAUACCUGGAGAAGCUGAAGCUGGGGAAGCCAAUUCUAAAAUCAUCCCAUGGAUGUGCAAACUUCAGUGUGCUUGGGAACCGCUCUGCGAAAAAUGAGACCAAUUCCUCAGCAGAGAGACAGACAACACAGAGGAGGCAGAGUGCAGAAGUUAGAGAGGAUACACCUCGAAAGCCCCUGGGCAGCCCGAGUAGAGCGGCCUCCACUCCCACUCGCACGGGCCUCUCAGAGAACAGGAGUGAGAAAAGAAAGAGACUCUUGAAUUCGGAAAGUGACCUGACUGAGGACUACCCCAAGGAAAAUGACUCGUCAAGCAACAACAAGGCCACUUCAGAUCCAUCCCGGAAGUUUCUACUAAGUUGCAAAGAUAAGCUGAAGCAGGCAGAAGAGAACAGGACCCCGGCUCCACUGGGUUCAUCUCCCCUUCAGCCAACGUCGUUCUAUGGGAGCCGAUCUGUGACUAAGGAAUACAGCCAGAGCCACUCUUUCCUGGACAGGCCAUCCAGUACAGCUCAGAGCAGUGCAGCCAAGAGAAGCCUCGCGCUGCCCAAUCACUCCACUCCCUUUAAGAAGGUACGCACCUCUCUGGACUACGGCGGCUGGAACAAGCAGCGGCCCUCCACUCUGGCUCAGCCUCAGCCCCCACUGCAAGGGUUUUCCAACCUGGGCAACACGUGCUACAUGAACGCCAUCCUGCAGUCUCUCUUCAGCCUCCCUUCCUUCUCCAGCGACAUGCUGAGGCAGAGCAUCCCGUGGAAGAAGCUGCCCAUCAAUGCGUUGCUGAGGCGUUUUGCUCACCUUAUGGUCAAGAAGGACGUGGGCUGUCCGGAGACAAAAAAGGACCUGUUGAGGAAAGUGAAGAGUGCCAUCUCGUCCACAGCUGAGCGUUUCUCUGGAAACAUGCAGAAUGAUGCUCACGAGUUCCUCAGUCAGUGUUUGGACCAGUUGAAGGACGACGUGGAGAAAAUGAACAAGAGCUGGACAAACGAAGCAGCGGCGCCCUCGACGUCCUCUGCGCUGUGCGAGGACGGCCCUGACGCCACAUCGACGUCACCGCCCACCAAAGCGGAGCUCGGUGAUGAGGCGGACACCUCCCGACUCUACACCUGCCCCGUGGCGGUCAACAUGGAGUUUGAGGUGCAACACACUAUCACCUGCAAAGGAUGUGGAGAGGUAGUGACCAAGCGAGAGCAGUUCAACGACUUGUCCAUCGACCUACCGCGGCGAAAGAAAACCCUCCCGCUUCGCUCCAUUCAGGAUUCUCUUGAUCUCUUUCUUAGGAUGGAGGAAAUCGAGUACUCGUGUGAGAAGUGCAAUGGGAAAUCGGCAACUGUCAUGCAUAAAUUCAGCAAACUGCCCAGGGUGCUCAUCCUCCACCUGAAACGCUACAGCUUUAACGCUCAGCUGUCGAUGAACAGCAAGCUGGGCCAGCAGGUGGUGAUUCCUCGAUACCUGACCCUGCUGUCGCACUGCACUGAAUCCACGAGACCCCCUUUAAGUCUCGGCUGGAGUUCCCAAACCUCCAUGUUAAGAACGCUGAAAACGUCUCAAUUGGUGAACUCCUCCACAGCACCUCUCCGAAGGAUUGGAGGGAAAGUGGCCAGCUGCACCUCUAUUCUCUUGGACUCCGACUGUGAAGAAGAGCUUAACAGAAAGGUGAACAUGAGCCGCAAGCGACGCCUCAGCAGCUGUCCGCCUGAUGACGAUGACCGACCCCCGGAGAGAGGAGGGGCUUUAGAUUCUGCGGACUUCGGUGGCAUAAAUGAUGACGAGAUGAUGGCAGUCGUGCUGGAGAUGAGUCGCCAGGAGGCCGGGCUCUCGGCUGCGCCCGCCCCGGAGGAUGAGCCGUCCAGCAGCCCGGACACCGGCUUUGGGGAUACAGAUGCCCAUGACAUGGCCUAUCAUACAGACCUGCUGGAAACAGAGAGCAAACCGCCUUCAGAAGUGCUGGAUUCCCUGGACUUGACCAUGGAUGAGAACAAGGAGAACCAGACUCCAGACAGUGUGCAGCAGCAGGGUGAGCUGGACUGGGUCCAGCAGUACAGUCUGGAUCAGGAGAGAGAGGAACAGGAGCUGCAGCAAGCUUUGGCUCAGAGCCUCCAGGAGCACGAGGCCCAAGAGCUGAGGGAGGAUGACGAUCUGAAGAGGGCCACUGAGCUCAGUUUGCAAGAGUUUAACAACUCUCUGCCUGAGUUGCUGUGCUCUGAUGAGGAUUCUGGCAACGAAGACGUGCUGGACAUGGAGUACACUGAAGUGGAGGCUGAGGUCCUGAAGAGGAACGCUGAGAGCGGAGACGUGGCCAACUCGUUCAGACUCAUCAGUGUUGUCAGUCACAUUGGGAGCACCUCGUCUUCUGGCCAUUACAUCAGUGACGUGUACGACAUGAAGAAGCAGUCAUGGCUCACCUACAACGACCUGGAUGUGUCCCGCACGCAGGAAGCGGCUGUGCAGCGAGACCGUGACCGCAGUGGAUACAUCUUCUUCUACAUGCAUAAGGACGUCUUCGAGCAGCUGUCUGAAAUGGAGAGACCUGGAGCCAGCGCCCCUCUGGAGGGAGGAAGGAACGUCCUGCAGCCACUCUGAGAGGGACACGUCCUCAGCUUAACCCACAGUAGCUGGAGCUCUCCUCUCAACAACAGAGUACUACUGAUUGCCGUCCUCGUUUUUUGGUAGUAUUCAGGCACUUUCCACAACCACACGCUAACUGCUCUGCUAAAUUAGCGCCUGUAAAUGCUGGCCCAAAACUUUCCAGACUCUUUUUAAAAUGCCAGAAAUACAGUUAAAAAUGUUAAGUGGAUCAAAUUUGUUCUCCAUCUUUUUGGGGCUGGAGUUUUUCUUUAGCUAUGAUUUCUAUCAAACCCUUUUUGUAAAGUUUUCUUUGUCUCUAACCGUUAGGUCACAUGCAAUUACCAAACACCAGAUGCUACUGGUGUUUCAUAGAUUGUAUCUUCUGCAGACCCUUUCUUUCCCAUAUAAACUAAAUAAAGAUAUAUUCUAUGUUGGAGUAUAAGCUAUUAUAGAGUUAGAGGGGUGUUGUAUUUAGCGGGUACAUUUGGUGCAAUAUUUAUGUUUUGGCUUAAUCUGGUCAAUUUCGAAUCAGCUUUCUGUCAGAGUGUGUGGCUUUUUUUGUGCUUGACUUAUGAACUACUGUGUGUGUGUGGGUGGUUGUGUCUAUUAUAGAUUUGAAAGACAUCAGUAAGCAUAAGAAAGCCUGUUUUUACUGAGUAGAUGUUCAGUAAAGAGUACUCUAUUCUUUGGAGAUUUUGACUGUGCCUCCCAGAAAAACUUUUAUAAAUAUGUAAACAAGCUUUACUUUGAAAUAUGUACAAACUUUUUGCUUUUGAAUAUGUGCAAGUACGGCUGUCCUUGAUAAAAAGCCAACAGAUUUUCUAUUUAUUGCAACAUAUGGUUGAUAUGUUAAUUAACCCAGCGAGAUAUGCUGAGGGAAAACACCAAUUAAUACAAUAGCUCCAGGAAAGACGGCUAUAGCCUUUAAAUUCCCCAUCUUUAUGUUUAUGACCAGUAUUUCACACCAUAGACCUCAGUUAACCCGCUUGCUUUUUGACUACGCACUGGUUUGGCAGCUGUUUUGUUUUUCACUGUAAAAAUUGAAAUCACAUUUCAGUAGACCGUGAUCGAUGUGCAAUGUUGAAGUACUCAGACCACAUCAAAUCAUUUCCUUCCCUCACAAGCAAAUCUACAUGAAAUCGCAUCGUAAAACAUGGACACAUUGAUGUUUAAGGAAGUGUGCAUCAUUAUACUGGAAGAAUUCUGUUUCAUACCCGUGUUUA